GUUUGUUGUAUAUUUAAAGAACAAUUUAUUCCUCUUCAAAUGUCAAAUGUUAUUCCUCUCUUUCAAUUUGACACAUAGCUGAAGUUCUUUCUCCUAACUUGACACAUUUUGUUCAUUCUUAAAUUUACCUAAAAAGGUAAUAAACAAUGGCCACGACACAACUGAAUAGGGCACGAACAAUCAAGAAAAUCGAAAAACCUCGGCCACUCAAACUUAAUCAGCGCCAUACGACCGUCGAUGGACGGAUCACGACAGUGGAGGACAUAGUGUCCUUAAUCGACAAUGUUACGAUGCAAUUAACUAAUGGCUUCCAUGACCAAACGCUGCAAAUGAAUGUGAUUACAAUGUGUAAUCAUCUCAAACUUUAUGCACAUCAGUUAGAAGCUAUUUACAAAGAUCAGCUGGACAGAGCUUUUGUCGCAAUAAGGAAUGGAAGUCAAGACGAGAGACUAGAUCUGACGACUAGGGUUCAUUUGCUGGAACUUAUAGAAUUGCGAGCUAAACAAUGGCGUCACACAGACUCUAUGGAUGUAUAUUAUACUCAUAAAUUAUCGCAUCUUGAUAAUACAGAAGGAACUCUAGAAACACUUGCGAAUCCAUUGGCUUCACCUUUGACGGUAGUUCCACCUACUGCUACAUCUAUUCUGGGUCCUGGUGAAGUAAUAAAAAAUAGUGGCAAAUUUGCGAAGCCUACUCGGAUUCCUGGUAAAAAUUAUUGCAAGGAUGAAGUUGUUAUACGUAACAGUGAUUCUGGUAAAGUGAUGGGAAUAAAAGGGCGUCGUGUUCACAUGAUCGAAGAACUGAGCCAGACGAUCAUCUCCUUCCAGCGAGUAAACCCUGGGGCUAAAGAACGACUUGUCCAAAUAACUGGUACUUCCGAGGACAAGAUACAUUAUGCGAAGGAUUUAAUAAAGGAUACGAUUCAACGAAAUGCAUCUCCGGUACGGUUGGAGCAAGGUGGAGGAGAAAAAGGAGGUAUAGGAGGUUCAAGCUCUUCUUUAAAUAGUAGUGCAUCUGAAGAAAGUAAUCGAUUGCAACAACACCAACAACAGAAUUCUCGUUUGAGAAGUUCACUCCUUCAUAGCUUCUCCACCAACGACGCCAGUAUUGGCGAAUAUAAAUAUACAGUUACAGUCGAUAAUCAAUCCCUUAAGAUUACAGGAACAAAUUUGGAUCUUGUUAGGACUGCAAAAUUAGUGCUGGAUGAAUAUUUCUUAGGAGAUUCUGAACAAUUUGGAAGUGGAAUAGAAUAUUUUACCUUUGACGAAAAACCUGCUUCAUCUGAUAAUAAUUUGUCACAAACACCAUUAACUCCAAGUAAUACCGUUUCAUUAGGACGAGAAUUAAGUAUGGAUAGUGCAGCUACUUCUGAAAGUGAAGAAACAUAUAAAUCACAUCUUGCUACAGAACUUCAGUCAUCUGAUCAAGAUCCAGAAAUCAGAGAACUCACUUAUGAGUUCUUGCUGCUAUGUUCCACAGGCCCUUAUGCAAAACGGCCUCCUGCAGAUUGGGCUCGUAUACAGAAGGAAUGCCCGAAUAUUGUUCGUAAGGCACCGAUUCGCUGGUUCGAACCGGAGACAUACAAAGCAAAAGUAGCAGCAGCUGGUGUCAUUGCAAUAUUACCUGCUGGUGAAGGAGAAACAGAUCCUGAGUGAGAUUAUAUUUUCAAAUCAUCCUUAUAUACAUUGCACAUUUAGAGAAACAAAAUCUUCCAGUUUAUCUCGUGCCUUCUUGCGAAUGCAUUGUGAUAAUUAAUAUGAUGGCAGUAACAAAGAACAACUGUAAGUUACACGUACUUUUACAAUUGUAUUAAAAUAUGUAUUGUGAUUUUAUGGAAAUUUUGCAGAAAAUUUUCAUUAUUCAACAUUUCAUUACAACAAGAUCACGUAGAUAUAGUUAUACUAAUAGUAUGAUGUUCUUAUAUACAAAUGCAAUUUUGAAUCUUACAAAGCAUUUAUGCUUGGUACAGAUAUAUCGGAACAAUGCAAAGUUGUAUACAUAAUAAAAAUUCACAAUUAGUUGGUCAUAAUUAAUAUGACACAAUUUAGAUUUGUAAUAAAUAUCAAAUCUAACUUGAAUUGUCAUCUGUGUUAGUAAUACUAUAAAAAAACACUAUUAAUGUGGACUGGCUGGGACCAUGUCAAACUAAUUACAGUGGAAAAUUAAAUAUAAAAGAUAUUAAAAAUAGUUUUCAAUUACAAAUAUAUAUCACGUGAUUGUUUCUA